AUGGCAGGAGUUGCUGUGAGCCCUGAAAUCUACGGAAGCUCGGUGUGCGCCCGGCUGGAGGGCGAGGCGUGCGGCGUCUACACCCCACGCUGCGCCCAGGGGAUGCGCUGCUACCCCAAGCCAGGCUCCGAGUUGCCCCUUCACGCGCUGGUCCACGGCGAGGGUACUUGCGAAAAGCUCGGGGACGCCGAGUACGGCGCCAACCGGGAGCAGGUUGCAGACAAUGGUGAUGAGCACUCUGAGGGAAGCCUGGGCGAGAACCAUGUAGAUGGAACCAUGAACAUGUUGGGAGGUGGAGGCAGUGCUGGCCGGAAACCACUCAAGUCAGGCAUGAAGGAGCUGGCUGUCUUCCGGGAGAAAGUCACCGAGCAGCACCGGCAGAUGGGCAAAGGUGGAAAACACCACCUCGGCCUGGAAGAGCCCAAGAAGCUGCGGCCACCACCUGCCAGGACCCCCUGCCAGCAGGAAUUGGACCAGGUCCUGGAGCGGAUCUCCACCAUGAGACUUCCAGAUGAUCGGGGCCCUCUGGAGCACCUCUACUCCUUACACAUCCCCAAUUGUGAUAAGCAUGGCCUGUACAACCUCAAACAGUGCAAGAUGUCUCUGAACGGGCAGCGUGGGGAGUGCUGGUGUGUGAACCCCAACACCGGGAAGCUGAUCCAGGGAGCCCCCACCAUCCGGGGGGACCCAGAGUGCCAUCUCUUCUACAAUGAGCAGCAGGAAGCUGGCGGGGUGCAGGCUCAGCAGGUGCAGUAAACCACAGCCAGCCGGUGCCUGGACCCCCGCCCCCUCCAAACGCCGGCAGAAACCCAGAGUGCUUGGGUGGUGGGUGUGGAGGAUUUCCUAGGAGUUUCGACACAUGUAUUUAUAUUUGGAGAGAGACCAGCACCGAGCUCGGCACCACCCCCUGCCUUCCCCCUCCCCAGCUGGAGAUGCCCACACCCCCUGCCCUGCUUCCUGCUUCCCUGGGGAAGCAGGGGAUUGCACUGGGGGAACUGGGUAAAGAUUGGGGAGGGUAAAAGAAAUUUUUAUUUUUGAACCCCAUGUCUCUUUUGCUUAAGAUUAAAGGAAGGAAAAAUAAAA